CCCUAAAUGAUUGCAUUGUAUGCAUACUUUGGUAGAUACCAAUGAACAAGCAAAGCUUCAUCGGAUGGAAAAACUGCACAGGAAUUUGUCAGCAACCUUGAAUACCACUGACUUAAUUGCAGGGGUAGAGGACCUGCUUGUCAAGCACAAACAUUUGUUGACCCUCCAGAUGUCUUUUGAUGCCACCUCUGGUUGUAGGGUCUGUCCUGAUGGGUGGGCUCACAACAGUGGGAAGUGCUACCUCUUCUCCUCCACUGGAAAGACCUGGAGUCAGAGUCGAAAUCACUGCAUCACUUUAGGAGGGCAUCUGGCCAUUGUGAACAGUCAAGAAGAACAGAAAUUUCUGUCCCGAAGUGCCAUUGAGGAUUUUUACUGGAUGGGACUGAGUGACCUGGAGACAGAGGGACAGUGGAUUUGGGUGGACAGCACACCUCUCAAUGAGACUGGAGCCGUAUUCUGGGGGAAAAGGUCUGAUGAACAGGAUGAACCAGAUAACUGGAAGGGGGAAGACCCUUCUGGGGAGAACUGUGCACUUGUCUCCAAAUUUAAAGGCUGGCGUGACAACUCCUGCAAGAGUCUGUGGAAAUGUGUGUGUGAGACGAUAGCCACCGAUUAGACUGGAUUAGAUUGAAUAUUCAGCUGCUACAUAUGGAGGCUUUAAAAAAAAUCUUUUCAUUAAAUGUACACAGUUAUUGCUACAAUAUGUUUGUAAGGAACCACUUUCCAGACCAACAAAGGUUUAUGCGUGUUCUCCUUUCUGUGCUUUGCU